AUGUCAGACAGUCCCGAGAGUCCUAAACGCCACUGGCACGGCACCCCCGGCGACCGCUACCAGCAAACCAACGUCUGGAUGAAUGGCGGCUCCAAAGCUCCCGCGUCCCGCGCUGCCUGGGCGCUGACCCCCGAGAUGAUGGCCAACGCUGCCAGUAGACGGGACUCCGCCGGCUCCACCUCCUCAGCCAGCAGCGGCACCGCCAACCAAUCCGCCGACUCCCCCCAAACUCCCUCCGUCAACGAGCGCCGCCGCUCAAGCGGGAGCUCAGGCUCGGGCGCGGGCCUAUUCUCUAACCUGCGCACGCAGAAGCGCGAAUCUUCGGAUCCUAGCAUGGCGGCGCGCCGCGCGAGCUGGACUGAUCAGCAGCAGAAGGGUGGAGUCUUUUCGAAGUUGUGGGAUGGGUAUACGCGGGGAAGUAAAUAA